ACAAAGACGUUCAGCAAUGUUUUCCAGAUUCUCACUGCUGGUGGUGGUACUAGCCUUUGGCCUGAUUUCUGCCCUAAGCAUUUCCUCAAAGUUAAAACCCUCAAAGCUGAAGUUGCCAACAAACACGAGGCUUCUUAAACUUCAGCAGCAAACGGACACGUUGGCCGCUCGUGAUUCCUACGCUUCGCAGCUCUGUUUUGGCCACUACAUUCCCCUUCUCAAUGGAUUAUCGGCCCAACUCGAGGUGGACUACGCCAAAUGCCAGAAGAACUUUGAUGUCAGUAGUGACGCGGUGAUCGCGUCCUGGAACAGCACUCUUUAUAAAAUCCAGUUGACUGGUGAACGCGGCUGCAGCACCUUCUUCGACUGUUCAUCCAUUGUGGACUACGUUUUGUCCUUCGAGUGCUUCGCCAAUGUGGGCGCUGAGCAAUCGAAGACCAUGUACCAAGUGUCGGCAGAUGCCACCGAAGCCGCCUCUGACAUCAAGAUCCACCUCCAGACUUUGGAUACACAGAUGAUUAAUUGCCAAAAUAAUGCCGAUAGGCAUUAUGUGGAGGAAACCGCCAGCACCUAUGAACACCUGAACAGGUGUCUCGGCGGAACUCCUCUGCCACAGGAGACCACUAAAGAUUGGUCUUAUUAUACAACCUGGUACUAAUUAUUAAUUACUACCAUUAAUAGCAAUUAUUAUAAAAAUGCAAAAAAAAAUAAAUAAAUUAGAUUGUGCCUGAAAAA